AUGUCAGACGACACCUUCUCAUGCCGCAUCACACGUGACCUCGGCGUCUUUGAUUUCUUUCGCAGCCGCACGUUUUCUCUGGGUCAUCGUAAGUCCCGUAGCACGUCUCAUCCGUCCUCUAGAACAUCCGCUAGCCAGUCUAAGCCAAUGGGCCACUUGUUUGCGGCGUCCGCAUCGAUGCCACCGCCUGCUUCGGAUUCUGAGUCAUCUGAAUCCUCUCAUGCCACCCCGUCGGCUUCUUCUGCUGCUCCGCUUCCUUUGCUGACUUCUCUGGACUCGGUGGACACCACGGCGUCGGUCGAGUCGUUCAGCAAUGACCAUCUGAGCGACGAUGAUAGCGACAGUAGCUCAGACGAAGACAUUGGCUCUGCAUCUACUGAACGAAUGAGCAGUGGUAGCGUUGGAAGCGCAAUUACCAAGUACGAGGUGGUACGCGAGCUCGGACGCGGCGCGACGGCAGUUGUCCAGUUAGGCCGACUGCGUGGCGGAGAUGACUUGGUCGCGCUGAAGGUAUUCAAGACAUCAUUGCUCAAGAAGAUGCGAGAUGUGAGACGUGUGGGUAGACGCAUGGUGGUGUCUACUGCGCUGGACAAGGUGCAAGUGGAGAUUGCUAUUAUGAAGAAAUUGCACCAUCCGAAUUUGUUGAAUCUAUUGGAAGUGUUUGACGACGACUCCGAUACGCUGGUGCUCAUGUUGGAGUAUGCACCGUUAGGCCAGGUGAUGCAAUGGUACCCUGAAGAGAGACUUUACAAGAAGGCUGACAGCAAGGAGGAAAACACGUGCUUUAGUGAAGAGGAACUACGCUUGUGUGUGCGACAGCUUCUCUUGGGACUCGAGUACCUACAUGAGAAUAACAUUUGCCAUCGUGAUUUGAAGCCCGAGAACAUUUUAAUUGGCCAGGAUGGUACAUACAAGAUUGCCGACUUUGGUGUUGCACACUUUUUUGAAGAAGACGGCAAGGACUCUAAGGCCAACGUUACUGGCAAGGCAGCAUCUUUGAUAGCAAAGCCACAGAGGAAGGGAUAUGUCUCGACAACAGCAGGUACGUACGCGUUUAUGGCUCCAGAGACACUCAAGGGUGGCGAAUACAGCGCCUAUGCGGCUGAUAUUUGGGCACUGGGCAUUACGGUCUACGCUUUAGCCUUUGGCACGAUCCCGUUCUAUUCUCCCGACGUAAUGACGUUGUUUGAGAUGAUUGAGAAUGACUCGGUCGAUUUCGACAACCGGGUCGAGAAAACUGACAAAGGUGACGGUUUGAUUGAGCUGCUCCACGGUCUGUUGGAGAAGGACCCCGAGAAACGCUGGUCAUUGCAAAAGUGCAAGGAACACUCGUGGGUGCUGGAUGGUUUGUCCGAUGAGGAGAAGCAGCAAUAUGUGGAGACGAGCUACGUGGCCGUAACGGUUGGACCAGAGGAUUUAGCGUGUGCCGUGACGCGUGUGACAUCGUUAAAUAUCAUUUUGCGAGUAAAGCUUGGUGCGAGUAAGUGGAAGCGUAAAGCGAUGCAAUCACUGGAGGAGCGACGGCGUUCUUUGAAUGAUGACAGCGAGUCUCCAUCUUCACGAUUUUUAAGUGUGAGUUUGGUCGACUCUAUUGAGUCUGAGACGAAGCAUUUGAUUGAAUCUACAGAAUUUGUAGGCAAUCAAGUCAAGAUUUAA